AUGGAACUAUUACGCAGUCUAAUCUUUGUACCCGGUAACCGGGCCAACAUGCUGGAAAGGGCGUUGGACUUUGACGCUGACAUCAUCAUGGUGGACCUUGAGGACUCGGUGCCGGCGGCGGAAAAGGUCAACGCUCGCGAAGUUGCCCGCGAAUGGGUACCAAAGCUGCAAGAAGCCGGUCAGCGGGUUAUGGUCCGGCUAAAUGCGCUGGACACCGGAUUAACCAGGGACGAAUUGGCUGCGGUCAUUUCUCCGCACCUUUAUGGUGUAAGUGUCGGCAAGACCGAAUCGGCUUGGGACUUGCAGGAAAUUGAACGAAUAAUAGCGCCACUGGAGGCAAGGGCAGGGCUAGCCCCCGGCCAAGUCAAGAUCAUCCCGUGGAUUGAGAGCGCCAAGGCUAUGGUAAACGUCCAUGCCAUGGCAUCGGCAUCACCCCGCAUAAUUGCCAUUGCUUUUGGAGCCGAAGACUUUACCAACGAUAUGGGCAUCCAGCGCACCGACGACGGAGACGAGGUAUACCACGCGCGGGCUACGGUGGCAAUUGCCGCCCGCGCCGUUGGCGUCGCCUCCCUGGAUAGCCCAUACGUCGCAUUUCGAAACCCUGAAGGGCUGCGCAAGGAUGCAGGAGUCGCCCGUCAAUUAGGCUACACUGGCAAGUUUGCCAUCCAUCCUGCCCAGGUCGAGACCAUCAACGAACUGUUCAGUCCGCUGACCGACGACGUGGCCUAUGCCCGCCGUGUUAUGGAUGCCUGGUACGAGGCCGAGGCCAACGGGCGAGGUUCCCUUGCCCUGGACGGCAAGAUGGUGGAUGUCCCGGUGGUCAAGCGGGCCCAGAACUUGCUAGCCCUGGUGGAUGAGAUAGAACAUCAACUGGCCAGCCGUGAGCGGAGGUAG